AUGUGUGAGUCACGGAUUGGGAGGAAUAUGGAGGCCUACAUUGAUGACAUGGUAAUAAAGAGCAGCCUCGUCCUGGUCAGAAACAAGGACAGAAUUCAGAGGCUCAUCUACUACGUUAGUAAAUCUUUACAGGAGGCUGAGACACGCUAUCUACCAUUGGAGAAGGCGGUGUUGGCUAUAGUGCAUUCCACUAGGAAUCUUCCUUAUUACUUUCAAGCCCACACUAUUGUGGUGCUCACCCAACUCCCUUUACAAGCUCUUCUAAGGAUAUCGGAUUAUACUGGCAGGAUUGCUAAAUGGGGAACUAGGCUGGGAGCCUAUGAUGUCAAGUACAUGCCUCGGGCUACCAUAAAGGGACAAAUCCUAGCAAACUUUGUGGCAAAAUUCACCAAAAGUACUCCCAUGAAGGAGGAAGCAGUUAUGGGGGCAUUACUUAUGCCGGCCGUUGUUAUUCCCCCGUGGGAGGUUUACACAGAUAGAGCAUCUAACCGAAAGGGAGCAGGAAUAAGGGUUGUAUUAAUUACUCCUGAGAAGCUAAUAAUGGAGAAAUCGUUACGAUUGGGUUUCCUAGCCACCAAUAAUAAGGCCGAGUACGAGGCCCUGUUAGCCGGAGUAGCUAUGGUCAAACAGUUAGGUGGAGAAGUGGUAGAGUUGUACUCUAAUUCUAGACUGGUCAUGGGCCAAGUCAAUGAAGACUUUAAAGCUCAAGAUGAAAUGAUGCAGGGGUAUCUUGCUAAGGUGCAGAGUGCCCGGCCUCAAUUUAAGGGUUUUGUAUUGAAGCAAAUCCCUAGGGGACAAAACUCACAUGCGAAUUCUUUGGCAAUGCUAGCAACUUCUCUGGGAUCAAGUCUUCCUUGGGUUUUUGUUGUUGAGGAUAUGGAUAGCUCUUGUCUUACAAGGGUAUCUUUGAUAGGGGUGUAUAGCCUCCAUGUAGGGCCAAGCUGGAUGGACCCUAUAGUAACCUUUUUGAAGCAAGGAUUGUUACUCGAGGACAAGUGUAAGGCAAAGAAGGUACAUAGAAGUGCCUCUCACUACUGGCUAUCUAAAAAGCAGAAGUUGUACAAACGCAUUUACUCAGGAUCGUAUUUAUUAUACAUGCAUUUAGAAGCAGUGGAACCCUUGUUGGAAGAAUUACAUGAGGGCAUAUGUGGGAGUCAUACAGGGGGUAGGUCUUUGGCGCAUAGGGCCCUCACCCAGGUGUACUGGUGA